AGUCAUCAGCACUGUGAUUUCUGGCUACCUCACAGAAAUGUAUUCGUAUGUGGCUUUCUUUAGUACAACCCCAAAGGUGGAUAAGCCUCUCUCCAUAAUCCCCGGACGCUGCUUCUGAAGGCUAGUCCUUUCUCUUUCAUGGACUGUCCUGCCUCCGAUGGAAGCUGUGCACACUUCCUCUCUCUGCCCAGAAACUGUCUCAGCCUUGCCCAGGACAUUUCGGCAGCGCUUCGGGACUGGCGAAGAAUGGAUCUAGGCUGGAAAAGGCAGCCACUUGGGGACGGCGGGGAACCGGAGGUCCGGAUCGGGAUCUGCCGGCCUUUGCAGCAGCAGCUGCAGCCGCUGAGCUGAGAAGGGUAGUCGUGCCUGCUCCCGUCCUUGCUCCCCACCCGGAGGAGAUCGGUCUUUCCAGAGCCUGCACUGCCUGCCUGCCUGCCUGCCUGCCUGGGAGGGCAGAUCGGGAGCGGCGAUUUGGCAAAGGUGCAGCGAGCCGACACGCCUCGCCUUGCCCCUCUUCCGAAGAGGAGGGAACCCGCCCUCGCCGCUCACCUGCUUCUGCGGCUGCAGCGGGGCAGAGGCCCUGCCUAGGCUCGCCCCGGCUCCAGAGUCUUUGCCUCCUCUCCCUUCCCCAGUGGCCACGAUCCUAGUGGCCCCCCGUUCGCCUUUCUCCCCUGUUUCCAGUCUCCGGGAAUUCCUCCGCCCACCCGGGCUUUCUUCACCAGCGUGCUUUCACCUCCCCGGGUCACAGCGAUCCUCCGCCCCGAGCGAGGACCGUGGCCCCCGAGCGCCGGGCUGGCCAUGCUGGGGCUCCGCCGCGACCGGCUGCUCAUUCUGCUGCUGCUCGGGGCGCUGCUGAGCGCCGAUCUCUACUUCCACCUCUGGCCCCAAGUGCGGCGGCGCCUGGCCCGGGCCGGAGCGGACAAGCCGCGCUGCUCCUGCCCCGCGGAAGCCCCAGCUGCCUUCCCCAGUCCCAAACCCUCGACGCGGCCGCCGGAGAGCGCGGACAAGGACGAGGGCAGCACCCAGGCCGCCGGCUCCAAGCUCCAGAGGCUCUUCGCGCACCCGCUCUACAGCGCCCCCGAGGGGCCCGCGGAGAAGCUGCUCAGCGGGCAGGAGGCGCUGCGCUACUACCGCCGGAAAGUGGCCCGCUGGAACAGGAGGCACAAGAUUUACAGAGAGGAGCACAACCUAACCUUGGAUUCAGUGAUGCAGCUCAGGCAGGAGGCAAGCUGGCUCCAGUUCCACCUGGGAAUCAAUCGCCAUGCCUUGUAUCCACGGUCCAGUCCCACUAUUGACCAACUCCUCCAGGAUACAAAAGACUUCAGCACCAUCAGUGCUGACUACAGCCAGGAUGAGAAAGCAUUGUUGGGUGCCUGUGACUGCUCACAAAUUGUAAAGCCCAGUGGCGUGCAUUUGAAGCUUGUUCUGCGGUUCCAGGACUUUGGGAAAGCCAUGUUCAAACCUAUGAGACAGAAGCGAGAUGAAGAGACUCCAGAUGACUUUUUCUAUUUUGUUGACUUUCAAAGACACAAUGCAGAAAUAGCUGCCUUCCACCUUGACAGAAUCCUGGAUUUCCGUCGUGUCCCUCCAGUGGUUGGGAGAAUGGUUAACAUUACAAAGGAAAUUUUAGAGGUCACCAAGAAUGAAAUCCUGCAAAGUGUCUUUUUUGUUUCACCAGCCAGCAAUGUCUGUUUCUUUGCCAAAUGCCCUUAUAUGUGCAAGACGGAAUAUGCCGUGUGUGGCAGCCCUCACCUGCUGGAAGGAUCCCUCUCUGUUUUCUUACCAUCCCUCAACUUGGCACCAAGAAUCUCCAUUCCAAACCCAUGGAUACGAUCCUACACCUUUGCUGGAAAAGAGGAGUGGGAAGUGAAUCCAUUUUACUGCAGUACAGUGAGGGAGAUAUAUCCUUAUAGCAGUAGCAGUCGGCUGCUCGAUAUCAUUGACAUGGCAAUAUUUGACUUCUUAAUAGGCAACAUGGAUCGUCAUCAUUAUGAGAUGUUUACAAAGUUUGGAGAUGAAGGCUUUUUGCUCCAUUUGGAUAAUGCAAGAGGUUUUGGGAAGUAUUCCCAUGAUGAGAUCUCCAUCUUGGCUCCACUUGAACAGUGUUGCAUAAUAAAGAAGACAACAUUAUUACGGCUGCAGCUUUUGGCUCAGCCAGACUACAAACUCAGUGACACCAUGCGGGAAUCCUUGCUUCAGGACCGCCUUGCUCCUGUACUCACAGAGCUCCACCUUUUGGCACUGGACAGGAGGUUACAGAUCAUCCUGAAGAUAGUGGAGAAAUGCAUAACGGCUAGCGGAGAAGACAGUGUUGUGGCUGAUGCUAAGCCGCUUGCCUUUGACAGAACAACACACCCAAGAUAAAGCCCUAAGGGGAAAACUGGACCCUGAACUUUGUCGAUCAUUCUCCCCCUACUCUGGACAAUUGGGAUUGGGAAGAGAGAAGGUGUGUACAUCACAGAAAUGUAAACACACUGCUGGGCAGGUGGCUUUUAAAAAUCUGCACCAUUGGCCUGAGUUUUUUGCAUAUGUGUAUCCAAGCUCUCUUACCCCAUCAUCAGUGACCUUUGUGUCUCUUCUCCAGGAGACAUGAAGAAAUGAAGCACUCUGUAGCUGCAAACCAGGCAUUGUUUGGGUGUUAGUGUGCUUCACAGAAUCUGCCCAGGCCCUUGCUUCUACUGGUUGUCAUGAUUAUACUUAACUGGUGGCUUGAAUAAAGGGGGUCAAUGAAGGGGAAACAUACUUAAGAAUAUAACUGUGCAUACCUGCCUCACACUUUAGGACAAUCAUACCAAGGUAGCACUCAGAGAUGUUCAACAUGUAGAGAACUACACCAGAAAGAUUGGCAACCCCUGCUAAAAGCCAAAGAGAAAAAUGCAAGCAUGCUGGAGUACUGUAUUAGGAGUUGAUUCUUCUGCUGGUUAAGUGGCACUUUACAGGGAAUAUUGGGAAAGAUGCUCUUUACCUGCAGAGACACUAUUUUAAAAACUACAACCUAACAUGUGGCUAGGCAGCUGAGUAGUGGGAAAUUUCUCUUUCAGUCUACACAAUAAUUGCUAAAUUGCACUGUGGACCUUUAGGUGAUCCUCAAGAUCAUAACAUAAAAGAGAACAUUAGUGGCAUACAAAAUGCUGUUGAAAUGAGGGCAAUCCAUAUAAGCUGCACUUGCACACUACAGCAGCUUUAUGAAAGAGCCACUACAUAAAAUCCUUCCAGCCUCCCACAGGGCAGCCAUACUGUAAGAGUAGUUUCUUGACAAGUUUCUCAAUAGCAGCCGAGCAAUGAUUUAUCCUUCCCCGCGUACACAACUGCUUCAAGAGUGGAGAAGCACCUACAUUUUGAAGUGGGAGUCAUCUAAGCAGCCAUAAUACAACAAAGAGUGGCCUGCAAAACUAAGAAGUAGAAUUGUAGCUAGAUAUGCAAUGAAGUCUAACUACCCAUAGCCUAAGACAUUCCGAAAUAGAAGUGAUACCAGAGGGGCUUGCAACAAAAUGUUGCAGUAUGAAGUGCUGUUCAGGAUUCCUACCAGCCACAUCCUCUUCCAUAGAAUCAUAGAAUAGUAGAGUUGGAAGGGGCCUACAAGGCCAUCGAGUCCAACCCCCAAUAAUUCCAGAACAUUAUUUGAGGAAUGUGGCACUCCAGAUGUUGUUAUCCUUCAACUCCCAUCAGCCCCAGCAAGCAUAGCCAAUGGUCAGGGAUGAUGGAAGCUGCAAUAUCUGGGAGAUCAGUUUUCCCUCCCCUGUUCUAUUCAGUUCCUCCUCAUCCCAGCUUUUCCAUUGCCCCUGCUCCCCCAAACAUUCAGCAUUCUGUGGCCACUAAGCAUGCCCAGUCCUCAUUGGGCUUUUAGGCUUUCGUCCCCAACCCUCCAGAGCAGAUAUGGGGUUGGGACAGGGGAGUGAUGACUUACUUGGAUUCAACCCACUACUUUUUCAAGUGAUGCGUUGUGUGGAUUCUGUGUUUUGAAAGAACCUCUUGAAAGGAUCAUCAUGUGGUCUGUCACUAUUACAGAACAAAUGUGAGAUUUGGAGGAAA